GUCGGGGCGCGCGGAUGGCGGGGCCGGCGCAGGAGGAACUGUGCGCGCUGGCGGCGAUCUUCUGCGGGCCCGGCGAGUGGGAGGUGCUCAGCCACUCAGAGACGGACGGCGCCGUGCUCAGGAUUCUCACGGAAGCCGAGGGCCCGGCGGAGGACGCGGCCGUUCCCCUGGAGUUGGUGUUCCACCUGCCGGCCGGUUACCCCUCGUGUCCGCCCGGCGUCUCCGUCAGCUCCGAGCGCCUGACGCGGGCGCAGUGCGGGGCCGUGAGGGAGAGGCUCCUGGAGCACGCACGGAGCCUUCUGCCGGAGCCGAUGGUCCACCAGCUGGUCCUCUGGCUCCAGCAGCACCUCCGGCACAUCCUCGCCGAGGCGGGCGCGGGCGGCGGCCCCGGACAGUGCCCUUCCGCAGCGAGCGCGACGGAGGACGAGGGGCUGUGGCUGGCCCUUCUGCACGUGGACCACAUGAGAGCGAAGAGCAGAUACGCGAGGGCCGUGCGGCAGUGGGCUGCCGGUUUGGGGCUGACGGGGAGACUGAUGCUCAUGGGCAGAGUCAUCCUGAUUUUGCUGCAGGGACGCAGAGACGACAUCAAGGAGUACCUGGUGCUUCAGAAAACCUGCAGAGUCGACGUGGACUCGAGCGGGAAGAAGUGCAAGGAGAAGAUGGUCAGCGUGCUGUAUGAAAGCCGGGUGCAGCCGGAACACGCCAGGUUCGCGGCCUUUGACGUCAGAGAGUUCCCGCGCUUGGACGCGCUGCGGGAGGAGUUUGAAACCGCGGGCCUUCAGGAGCUGUUCUCCGACUUUGUCCUCGGGCUGGUGAAAUGAGAUGGAAGGCAGGAUGUUUUUUUUGGAAAACAACAGUGUUUUUAUUUUUUCUGUUGUUUGCGUUGGAUUUUGGGGGCGGAUACCUGAAAUCACUCAUAAAGGGAUGAUUUUGAAGUUUUCAUGAAGCAAAAUGGUAGAUACCAUCUCAACUUCCGGAACAAAAGCCAAUUGUUUGUGGGACGUUAGGCAGUAAAACCACCCAUGGCGCUGAUUUCGGGCAGUGAAGGCUGUGGGUUUAGUGGACGGAACUUCCUUUGAAAGGUAAGAGGGUGACGGUAAACACGCCCUCGUGUUCACGUCGAUUUGUUUGGGUCUGUGCGAUU